UAAACCGAGCAGCGUCACGAGCAUAUCACACACCGAUUAGAGCGGGAUUUUAUAGCGUUUUACGCGUUCUGCGUGAGGAUACGGAAGGGCAGCUCGUAGUUUGUGAACAUCUGGACAGAUAUGUGACAUUUUCCUGGCAUCGACGUUGCGUUUUUCUUGCUUUUUGUUUGUGAGGGACCUCCCUUAAGCUUCGGGAACUUGGGAACUCUCUCCACUGACAUUCCUUGUCUUGGCAGCUACACUGUUUUCGUUUUGCCGCAUGUGCAGAAAAUGGCAACUGCUCUCAGUGGACGCCCACCUAACAAUCGGAAAGGCCGUAUUUUAGGCAUUAUCGAGUCCAUCCAGGACGCUGUCGGACCCCCCAAACAAGCGGCCGCGGACCGUCGGACUGUCGAGAAGACAUGGAAACUCAUGGACAAAGUAGUGAGGUUAUGUCAGAGCCCCAGGCUGCAGUUGAAGAACAGUCCCCCGUACAUCUUGGAUAUCUUACCUGACACUUACCAGCACCUGAGGCUGAUUUUGUGCAAAUAUGAGGAGAACCAGAGACUUACUCAGCUAAGCGAGAAUGAUUAUUUCAAAGUGUACAUCGACAGCCUGAUGAAGAAAUCUAAACGAGCAAUCCGCCUCUUUAAGGAAGCCAAGGAGAGAAUGUACGAAGAACAGUCACAAGACAGACGAAACCUCACCAAGCUCUCGCUGAUCUUCAGUCACAUGUUGGCCGAGAUCAAAGCCAUCUUCCCGGUCGGACAGUUUCAGGGAGACACAUUCCGCAUCACCAAGGCAGACGCCGCCGAUUUCUGGAGGAGAUCUUUUGGCGAAAAGACAAUAGUGUCAUGGAAAAUGUUCCGGCAGUGCCUUCACGACGUGCACCCCAUCAGCUCCGGCUUAGAGGCCAUGGCUUUAAAAUCUACCAUCGACCUCACUUGCAACGACUACAUCUCUGUCUUUGAGUUCGACAUCUUCACUCGCCUUUUCCAGCCGUGGGGCUCGAUUCUGAGGAACUGGAACUUCCUGGCAGUCACUCACCCUGGAUAUAUGGCCUUCCUCACAUACGACGAGGUGAAGGCACGUCUGCAGAAGUACAUCAACAAACCUGGCAGCUACAUCUUCAGACUGAGCUGUACACGGUUAGGCCAGUGGGCCAUCGGCUACGUCACCAGUGACGGCAACAUCCUACAGACCAUUCCACAUAACAAGCCGCUGUUCCAGGCACUCAUUGAUGGAUGCAGAGAGGGCUUUUACCUGUUUCCUGAUGGGCGCAGUUAUAACCCAGAUCUCACAGGUCUGUGUGAACCCACCCCACACGACCACAUCAAGGUCACCCAGGAGCAGUAUGAGUUGUACUGUGAGAUGGGCUCUACAUUUCAGCUAUGUAAGAUUUGCGCCGAAAACGAUAAAGACAUAAAGAUUGAGCCAUGUGGUCACCUCAUGUGCACUUCCUGUUUGACAUCAUGGCAGGAUUCUGAUGGUCAGGGUUGCCCAUUCUGUCGCUGUGAGAUCAAAGGGACCGAGCCCAUCAUCGUGGAUCCAUUUGACCCACGCAACGAAGGAGCCAAGUGCUUCCUCCUGGACCACUUCUGCUCCCCCAUGCUGGACCUGGACGAUGAUGAUGACAGAGAGGAUUCGUUGGUCAUAGACCAUAUCAAGAAGUCCAUGGAGAUCCAGAACUCGCCGAUAAUGUCCCCAAACUCAUCCCCUGUGUGUGAGCGUCGGAAAACCGCUGCAGAUCACAUGGGUCCACACUUGAACAUUCCACCUGUACCGCCUCGCCUGGAUCUCAUCCGUUCUCCUGCUCCCAGCCCUACAGGCUCACCCAAGUCAUCUCCAUGCAUGUCCAGAAAACAGGACAAGCCCCUUCCUGCCCCUCCGCCCCCACAGAGAGACCCCCCUCCCCCGCCUCCACCUGAACGGCCCGCUCAUAUGCCUCAAGACAGUCGGGCUGCCUGGCUCAUUACCCCCUCCACCGGCCUGCCCAGAGACCCCAGAGCUCCCCUAGAGGCCUGGAGCCCUAAAGACAGCACCCCUUUGUCAGACUGCAGGACUGUUGCUGCAGACCAUUCCCCUAAACUCGCCCACGCUGCCCCUGCUCACAUCAACGGGAGACCCCUGAGCUGCUCUGGUGCAGACCUGGGAGUGAACCGGACCAGCCACAGACUCAACACGCAGUCGGAGUGUAGUAAGUCUUUCAUCAAUGGUUUGUUACCUGGUGAUGAGUAUGACGUCCCACCUCUACGUCACUCCCCUCCCCUGGUGGACCACAAUCAGAGACACAGCAACCCCUUCACCAGCCACCGGAGCCUGACAGACAGAGUGGAGGACGAAUAUCAGAUACCCACAUCACAUCCCCUCUGCAUUACACAGCCGCCUGUCUGCAUUCCCUACCGCAUAUCCAACAGGGCUUUAGAAAACGGCUCGUCGGAUUUCUCUACAGAUAUAAAGAAACCUAAACCUCCAGAGCAUGGUGUGUUUGACUCUGGCCCGUUGAUUUCAGGUGUGGCUCAGUGUCCCCUCCACAACAGGACGCCCUCAGACUACGACAUUCUGCUUCCCCCUCAAGCAUCUCCAAUGGAAGACCCUUUCAACUCUCUUCCCCCAUCCCAGCCCCCUCCUCCACCCCCCAUCAGGAACAGUUUCAUAGAACCCUCGUCCUCCUUGCCCUACCCCAGACCUGCCCGUCCCUCAUCUGGACACGACCACUUCCUGCUCAGCGCUGAUGCAUUUAUAGAUGUAUUGAAUAGCUCGGCUCCCAACCCUCCUGUUCGGAGACUAACCGGAGAAAACAUGAAGAAUCCAUUCAGGGCUCCACAAGACUAUGAUCAACUGCCUCCAACCACAGUGGCCGGAGAUUGCUUUAGGGCACCUGAGAGACCCCCCAAACCACUUCCCCGAAUCAUCCCACCAGACAUCCACAGAAGACCGCAUGAAUCGUCCCGAGAAAACUUGGACGGCAAAAUUGCCAAGCUGAUGGGAGAGGGCUACUCUUUCGAGGACGUGAAAAGAGCGCUGAUGAUAGCGCAAAACAAAGUGGACGUGGCACGGAACAUUUUGCGAGAAUUUGCGCUUGUGGCCCCCAGGCAGAGCCUGUAGCCCAAACCAUUUCAAACUAUGACUGACUGUAAGCAGAGCUCACAAACCGCAGGCAAACUCCCGCUUGCUCCCGUUUAACACACCUGUAUGGUCAGAAUCGACCGUCUGGUGAACAAGACGAAAAACACAAUGUCUGUGCGCUUUUUGCCAUAUGGAGUCUAUAGCAUCAUGCUAAGGAGUGUUGCGUUAGUGUAUAGACGACAGAAUCCUGUGAAAAAAACCAACAAACUUGUGUUUACAGUGCGGUGGCAUUUGGUGGCUUUACUGCUAGUGGUGUAAUCUGCAGAGCUCAGGUCAACCUCGUUACAGCCUUGGCCGUUCAAGAGAGGAAUUGAAGUUUCAUUAUUUGGAGCUCUCCGUCCACCUCUUGCGAUGGGUUUAUUGUGUACUUUGCAGUCAUAAGGUUUUUAUUCCUUUCUUGAAUUGGCUGGACAGAAAUGAUAGUAACUCUAAGCCACAUUUCUGCCAAUGUAGCUGCCGCCAAUGCUGCCAGCCUUACCCGUGCAACACACAUAAACCCAGCUGCAUUGUCCUGGCCUCUUGGGUAUCAUAAUUUUACAGUAAUAGCUUUCAGCCUGGUCAUUUCCCUUUUGUGUCAUUAAUUUGCUAUGAUCGCAACAAACCAGAUCAGAACUGCCGUGAGAUUAUUUGAGGUCGGUUUCGGUGACUCUUGUGAGACCAUGAGAGAGAUUCAACUUAACAGACUGCUGGUUUUUAGGAAUGUAACAACAUGAGGGUGAUUAGAUGACUGAAUUUUAAAUUUUGUUUUGAGCUAUUCCUUUAAUGGAUGCUGUCGAUAUCUGUUAAAAAUUUUAGCGUCUCAGUACAUUCCAGUGUAAGCAAGCAGAUGUGGGUUUUUAGUAAGGGCUACCGAAUGUCAUAAUGGUUGUUUUAUCUUCUUUAAAUAGAAAGCUCAAUCCCUAAAGCCUUUACACUCAGUUGUGAAAAGAAAAAUCCAAAUGGUUUCCUAUUUAUUUUACAUUCUUAGUUCUUCAAAAAUAUUCACUGCAGUACAAGAGGAAGCCGCCUAAUCCUUCCACUUCCCUUCUCUCAGUUACCAUUAGCCCACUGACACUAGCGCUGUAUGCAAAAAGAGAUUGCAAAAACAAGAACUGGAUGUGUGCUAUGUUAUUAGCGCUCGAUAGCAAACAAGCCAAAACAUGCAAAUUAUCAUCAUCUAUGAGUAAUUUACAAGGGAAAUUGGGUAAUUUCCCCAUUUGUAAUUACGAGGGUCUGAUUCUAUCUGAGACAAAAUAUGUUGUCUAUGCCAGUGGUUCUCAACCUUUUUGACUCCAAGGCCCCCCACUGUCCAAGACAAUAUUUGAAGGCCCCCUUGCCCGAAACUAGACGUGUCUGAUUAAAAUAAUU